CAUUUUUUAAUUAUUAUGCUUCGCCAUUUCUCCGCACUUGCUCCUUCUCCUCUCCUUUUCCUCCUCUUCCUUCCCUUCCCUUGGCUUCGCCUCCACUCCUCCGCUCACUCCUCUCCCCCUCCACGAUCUCGCCGGGAUCUCCACGGCGGCGGCGGCGGCAUGGCGGGCAACGACAACUGGAUAAACAGUUACCUCGACGCCAUCCUCGACGCCGGCAAGGCGGCAAUCGGCGGCGACCGCCCCUCGCUCCUCCUCCGGGAGCGCGGCCACUUCUCCCCGGCGCGCUACUUCGUCGAGGAGGUCAUCACCGGGUACGACGAGACCGACCUCUACAAGACAUGGCUCCGCGCGAACGCGAUGCGGAGCCCGCAGGAGAGGAACACGCGGCUGGAGAACAUGACGUGGAGGAUCUGGAACCUCGCGAGGAAGAAGAAGGAGUUCGAGAAAGAAGAAGCCUGUCGUCUGUUGAAACGCCAACCAGAAGCUGAGAAAUUACGAACUGAUACUAAUGCAGAUAUGUCUGAAGAUCUAUUUGAAGGAGAAAAGGGAGAAGAUGCUGGUGAUCCCUCAGUUGCGUAUGGUGACAGCACCACAGGGAGCUCACCUAAGACGAGUUCAAUUGACAAGCUAUACAUAGUACUGAUAAGCCUACAUGGUCUGGUCCGUGGUGAGAACAUGGAGCUAGGACGAGAUUCAGAUACUGGUGGCCAGGUCAAAUAUGUGGUUGAACUUGCUAAAGCGUUGAGUUCAUCUCCUGGAGUUUACAGGGUUGAUUUGCUGACAAGACAAAUCUUGGCACCAAAUUUCGAUCGUAGUUAUGGUGAACCUACAGAAAUGUUGGUUUCAACAAGCUUUAAAAAUUCUAAACAGGAAAAGGGUGAGAACAGUGGUGCAUACAUCAUUCGGAUACCAUUUGGACCAAAAGACAAAUACCUAGCUAAAGAACAUCUAUGGCCUUUCAUUCAAGAAUUUGUUGAUGGUGCACUUGGCCAUAUCGUGCGGAUGUCAAAAACCAUUGGUGAAGAAAUUGGCUGUGGGCAUCCAGUAUGGCCUGCUGUGAUUCAUGGACACUAUGCCAGUGCAGGAAUAGCUGCUGCUCUGUUGUCUGGGUCUCUUAAUAUUCCUAUGGCAUUUACAGGCCAUUUUCUUGGUAAGGACAAAUUGGAAGGGCUUCUCAAGCAAGGGCGACAUUCAAGGGAACAAAUAAAUAUGACAUACAAAAUAAUGUGCCGAAUUGAGGCAGAGGAAUUAUCUCUUGAUGCAUCUGAAAUUGUUAUUGCUAGCACUAGACAGGAGAUAGAAGAGCAGUGGAACUUGUAUGAUGGUUUUGAGGUUAUACUUGCAAGGAAGCUUCGGGCAAGAGUUAAGCGUGGUGCUAACUGCUAUGGCCGUUAUAUGCCUCGUAUGGUUAUAAUACCUCCUGGUGUUGAAUUUGGUCAUAUCAUUCACGAUUUUGAAAUGGAUGGUGAAGAAGAAAAUCCAUGUCCAGCCUCUGAGGACCCACCCAUUUGGUCUCAGAUAAUGCGCUUCUUUACAAAUCCUAGGAAGCCUAUGAUUCUGGCUGUUGCUCGUCCAUAUCCUGAAAAGAAUAUUACAUCACUUGUAAAGGCAUUUGGUGAAUGUCGCCCUCUAAGGGAGCUAGCAAAUCUGACACUGAUAAUGGGUAACCGUGAGGCCAUUUCUAAGAUGAACAACAUGAGUGCUGCUGUCUUGACCUCAGUGCUUACAUUGAUUGAUGAAUAUGACUUGUAUGGUCAAGUGGCUUAUCCCAAGCAUCAUAAGCACUCUGAAGUUCCAGACAUUUAUCGUUUAGCUGCCAGGACAAAGGGUGCUUUUGUGAAUGUGGCUUAUUUUGAACAAUUUGGUGUUACCCUAAUAGAGGCUGCUAUGAAUGGUUUGCCUAUUAUUGCAACAAAAAAUGGAGCUCCUGUAGAAAUUAAUCAGGUGCUGAACAAUGGUCUCCUUGUUGAUCCACAUGAUCAGAAUGCCAUUGCAGAUGCACUGUAUAAGCUUCUUUCUGACAAACAACUUUGGUCGAGAUGUAGAGAGAAUGGGCUAAAAAAUAUUCACCAGUUCUCAUGGCCUGAACAUUGCAAGAAUUACUUGUCAAGGAUAUUGACACUUGGUCCGAGAUCACCUGCUAUUGGUGGCAAACAGGAACAGAAGGCACCCAUAUCAGGAAGGAAGCAUAUCAUUGUUAUAUCUGUAGACUCUGUUAACAAGGAAGAUCUAGUCCGGAUAAUCAGAAACACUAUUGAAGUCACACGCACAGAAAAAAUGUCUGGUUCAACUGGUUUUGUGCUGUCAACUUCACUUACAAUAUCAGAGAUACGCUCGCUGCUAGUGUCUGCAGGCAUGUUGCCUACUGUUUUUGAUGCUUUCAUCUGCAAUAGUGGAAGUAAUAUCUAUUAUCCUUUGUAUUCGGGAGAUACGCCAAGCAGUUCCCAGGUUACUCCUGCAAUAGAUCAAAAUCACCAAGCACAUAUUGAGUAUCGAUGGGGAGGAGAAGGCCUAAGAAAGUAUCUAGUGAAAUGGGCUACUUCAGUGGUAGAAAGAAAGGGAAGAAUCGAAAGACAAAUUAUUUUUGAAGACCCUGAACACUCUUCAACCUAUUGUCUUGCAUUUAGAGUGGUCAAUCCAAAUCAUCUACCCCCUUUAAAGGAGUUGAGGAAAUUGAUGAGAAUCCAAUCACUCCGUUGCAAUGCCUUGUAUAACCACAGUGCCACCAGACUCUCUGUAGUUCCCAUUCACGCAUCACGUUCCCAGGCACUAAGGUACUUGUGUAUACGCUGGGGAAUAGAGCUGCCAAAUGUUGCAGUCCUUGUUGGUGAAAGUGGCGAUUCGGAUUAUGAAGAACUGCUAGGUGGUCUCCACAGGACCGUCAUCCUGAAGGGCGAGUUCAACAUCCCCGCGAACAGAAUCCAUACUGUCAGGAGAUAUCCGUUACAAGAUGUCGUCGCCCUGGACAGCUCAAAUAUCAUUGGCAUUGAGGGUUACAGUACAGAUGACAUGAAGUCAGCUCUGCAGCAGAUUGGUGUGCUGACACAAUAACACCUUCUAGCUUGCAUACCACACAAAGAAAACGAAAAGGGAAAGUAAAGAACCAAACCAAGAACCACUAUUUCCAUACUUGAUGGAAAUGCCGAUUUUGUUUUGUAGGAUGCAGAGUUUGUGUGUGUGUUCCAUUCCUGAGCUGUGAAUAACUCUCCCUCCUUUUGUUUGUGCUAAGUUCUUUUUUGAAGUGAACCAUGUGGAUACAUCAAAAACCAGACACAAAGAUGGUUUAAACAUCCAUGAUUACGGGAAAAAAAACCAUACAUAAAGAAUAGAAUGGUUCAGAGCGAGAGAGCUCUAAAAUGCAAGAAGGCCAACUUAAUUACAUGGAUGGAGGGAGACAGACCUCUCGAGAGUGUGUGCUCAAUACGAUUUUGUUGUGUUCAAUGUAAUCCAAUGUUCAUUAUGGUCUUAUAUCUUUAUACAUUUCCCUUCAAUCA